UGACUGACACAAAAUCUCAAUUUCAUAACUCCCCUUCUCUUUUUCUUCUCAUUUUCUCCUUAUUCCUAUCGCCGCCGUCAAACUCGCCGGAAAACAUCUCCGACCACCGUCUCUAUUUAUUUCUGAUUCUGAUUGAUAAUCAUUUCCAGCUUCUUCUCUUGCUUUAAACGCGGAAGCAGAACCUUCUUCUGUUUGCCUAUCGUGAAACUAGGGUUCCGUGAAAACCCUAGCCGCCAUUUCUGUAACCGCUCCAUGAUUUCUGGUGGAAUUGCUUGGUGCUAUUCGGAUUCACCUGGUUCAGAUACGUAAACCGCAUCUUGCUUGCUCUGUGUUUCUCUGGUUUUUUUUUUGUUUUGAUUUCUGGAUAUGAAGAGAUUGAGGUCAAGCGAUGAUUUGGAUUCGUACGGUGGUGAGAAGAAUGCAUGCAAGGAUUCGAAUCUGAAUCGGACCAUCUCUUCUUCUUCCUCGCAGAGGAGCUUUUACUACAAGUCUGAUGGUGUGCGGAAGGGUUUGUUGUCUUCCUCCUCGUCGUCUUCGUCGCGAUAUGAUAGGGAUCGGGCGGUGGAGGAGGAUCGGGAGGGGUCGAGGAUGGUUCGGAAGAGAUCGGAGCAUGAUUUUGAUGGUUUUGAUCGGAGGAAGGGGUUCGAUCGGUAUAGGGAUGGUGGUUAUGGGAGCGGUGGUGGAGGUGGAAGUGGAAGUGGAGGAGGAGGAGGGGAUAGGAGUUUGAUUCACCGUUCGGAGAGUUUCUGUGGUCGGAGGGAGUUUCCCAAGGGGUUUCGGUCGGAGAGGGACCGGCCGAGAAGGGAGGGUAGCGUGUCGUCGUGGCGGAGGGGGUUGAAGGAUUUUGAUGAGAGCGGUGCGAGAGGGAGUGGGAGGGUUGGAGUGGCGGAGGAGAGAGCGGUGCGGUCGCCCAAGGGUUUGAGGGAUGCUGUGAAGUCUCCAACGUGGUCGAGGGAUUCUGAGAGUGAGCAAUCUAAGAAGAGGUAUUCUUCUUCUCCCAGAGGAGGAGGAGGAGGAGGGUUGAGAGAUGGUGGUGCUGCAAAGUCAAAGUCAAAGUCACCCAGUUGGUCUAAGGAUUCGGAGAGCGAGCAGUCCAAGAGUGUUGAGGUGAAGAAGACUGAGGAGGAGGUGAAGAAGACUGAGGAGGAGGUGCAGGUUCAGAGUGGAAACAGCAGUAGUGAAAUGGAAGAGGGGGAGCUUGAACCUGAACCUGUACCACCCCAAACUGAACCUGUUCAACCCGAAUCGGCUCCGGAAGAUGCCACUGGAAGUGAAGUCCAGGAUUCUGUACCAAUGGAAACUGAUGAGAAGCAAGUUCAGGAGAAUGAAUGCCACCCUAAUGACAGAAACACUGGUAUGGAUGAAAGACAGGAGCUACCUAGUGAGGAAGAGGUAAAACCUAAUGAGGGCAUUGAUUCUGAGGUGAAAAAUGCAGAAAAAGGAGCUGAUAAGCAGCCAGAUAUUCAGAAUGAUCCAUCCAAGGAAAUGCUUGUGACUGGGACUGAACUUGACAACGAUGGUAAUGAGGCUGAGAAGAAAGACGUGUGUUCGAAUGCCGAUGUUGCUCAGUGCAAGGAGGAUGCAGGGAAGGGUUCAGAGACGGAGAAGAUAUUGGUUAAUGAAGAGGAGCACAAGCAGGACAAGGGUGCAGAUCUAGCAACCAGCACUGGUGUUGACAAACCUGAGUUAAAUGAUGAAGUCACAAAAGAAAAUGAAGUUCCCAAGGAAGUGAACAGAGGAGUGGUGAUGGAGAGUGUGACCAACAGCAAUGCAAAGGAUAAAGGCAAAAGCGUCUCCGCUGCACCUGCUGUUGAUGCUCAUUCUUUAGAAGAUGGCUUGUGGAUUGAUAGAGGAUCAAGAGAUAUCGCAACGUGUUCUGUUGAUGUCAUGGAAGGGCCAAGCACAAGAGGAUUCGAGUUGUUUUCUAGGUCUCCUGUAAGAAAAGAGAAACCAGACCUGUCAGUUCUCAACAAGCAGAAGGAUGACAGUCUUGCAAUGGGGCAGCUUGAUCUCACUCUUAGCUUGCCAAAUGUUCUGCUACCUAUAGGUGCUCCUGAGACAACAACACAAGGCCCUGGAUCCCCCAGUCAAGCACGGAGCGUGCAGUCUUUGAGUAAUACAUUUUGCACUAACUCAGAUGGUUUUACUGCAUCAAUGUCAUUUUCAGGUUCCCAAUCACUCUAUCACAAUCCAAGCUGUUCCCUAACGAAAAAUAAUUCAGUGGACUACGAACAAUCUGUUGGCAGUCGCCCCUUAUUUUCUCAAGGAUUUUGGCAAGCCCAGGCUCAGAGUGAUACCAAACAGAAAGAAGUUCCUCUUGGCCAGAGAGCUUCAGUGAAUGGGAAUGGCUCUUUUUACCAGCCUCAAGCAUCAUGGAGCGUUUUAGAGGGUCAAGUUGUGAAAGGUCAACAUUUAAUGGUUUUAGAAGGAAGCACAAAAAUGAGUGGUGGAAUUGAUAGGCAAUUGAGUUUUCAUAAGCAGCUUACAGGACAGUCAAGGCGCCAUGAUGAUGUUAGAUCUCCUUCACAGAGUGUUGGGUCUCAUGACAUCGGAUCAAAUUAUAGUUAUGAGAAAAAGAGGGAGGUUAGGGACAGGGGUAGUGGUAGUCUGUAUCGAACUACCAGCCUUAAGCAAAAAGAACAACUUUUGAUAGGUGGAAGUGAUUUUGUUGAGACAAUCAUUGCAAAAAUAGUUUCUGAACCUGUACAUGCUUUGUCUAGAAAGUUUCAUGAGAUGAACGGACAGUCCAUAGCAGGUCUGAAAGAGGGUAUUCGUGAAAUCAUGCUCAAUACAGAUAAACGUGGGCAAAUACUUGCUUUUCAGAAAGUCUUGCAGAACAGGUCUGAUAUAACUUUGGAUGACCUACUCAAGUGCCACCGAGUGCAACUUGAAAUUUUGGUUGCUUUAAAAACAGGGUUAACCCAAUUUCUUCAACUAGAUGACAGCAUUUCUUCUUCUGAUUUAGCUCAAGUUUUUGUAAACCUGAGAUGUAGAAAUCUUUCAUGUCGAAGUCAGUUGCCUGUGGAUGAAUGUGAUUGUAAGGUUUGUGUGCAGAAGAAUGGGUUUUGCAGGGAAUGCAUGUGUCUUGUGUGCUCUAAAUUUGACAACGCAUCAAAUACAUGUAGUUGGGUCGGGUGUGAUGUUUGCCUUCAUUGGUGCCAUACUGAUUGUGGAUUACGAGAAUCGUAUAUUAGAAAUGGGCAUAGUACUACUGGAACAAAAGGGAUGACUGAGAUGCAGUUUCAUUGUAUUGCUUGUGAUCAUCCUUCUGAGAUGUUUGGCUUUGUCAAGGAGGUGUUUCAAAAUUUCGCAAAAGAUUGGUCUGCUGAAACUCUUUGCAAGGAGCUUGAAUAUGUGAAGAGAAUUUUUGCUGCCAGCAAGGACAUUAGAGGGAGACAAUUGCAUGAGAUUGCAGAUCAAAUGCUGACAAGGCUGGUGAUUAAGUCUAGCCUUCCUGAGGUUUUGAGGCACAUCAUGUCUUUCCUUUCUGAUUCUGAUUCUUCUAAAUUAGCCAUGACAACAAGCUUUUCUGGGAAGGAGCAUGUUACAGAGAACAAUGGGAUAGCUGGGCCGAGCCAGGAAGUUUCGUGGCGGAAAUCUAUUUACGCAGAAAAGCCACCUCUUUUAGAAAGGCCUGCAAACAUCCUUCCUAGCUUUGAUCAGAAUGAUAAAAGGUCUCUGGCGCAAGAGUUCCAGAUGAGUAUCGUCCAAAAGGACUUCCAGUUUGAUGAAUUGGAGAGCAUAGUGAAAAUCAAACAGGCAGAGGCUAAAAUGUUUCAGUCUCGCUCUGAUGAUGCUAGAAGAGAAGCUGAAGGGUUAAAACGCAUUUCCCUUGCAAAGAGUGAGAAAAUUGAAGAAGAGUACAACAACCGACUUGCCAAGUUGCGGUUGGUCGAGACUGAUGAAAUGCGUAAACAGAAAGUUGAAGAGCUCCAAGCAUUAGAGAGGGCACACUUGGAGUAUUUGCACAUGAAAAAUAGGAUGGAAUCAGACAUUAAAGAUCUGUUAUCCAAAAUGGAAGCUACUAAAAUGAGCCUUGCCAUGUGAUCAUAUCCAUUUAUCUAGAGUAGUUCUUUCAGGUAAAUGUAAUAUGUUGUCCUUUCCUGAAAUUUGUAGGUUCUAAUAUUGUUGUGAGCUCUAGUGACACUUUAGUUCUUGAUAGUUAGAUGCAUUUAUCUGCUGUUAGUUGAUA